GCGUCUUUCCGCUCUGCCUAGGCUGGCGCAGGCGUGGUGACUCGGGCGGCCAGGACCUGCGGCCCCGCCUCAGCGAGGAAGGCCCGCCUGCGCCCCUCGAUAAUAAUGCCCCGGUAUUGCGCAGCGAUUUGUUGUAAGAACCGCCGGGGACGAAACAAUAAGGACCGGAAGCUGAGUUUUUACCCGUUUCCUCUACAUGACAAAGAAAGACUUGAAAAAUGGUUAAAGAAUAUGAAACGAGAUUCAUGGGUUCCCAGUAAAUACCAGUUCCUGUGUAGUGACCAUUUUACUCCCGACUCUCUUGACAUCAGAUGGGGUAUUCGCUAUUUGAAACAAACUGCAAUUCCAACAAUAUUUUCUUUGCCUGAAGACAAUCAGGAGAAAGACCCUUCCCCAAAAAAAUCCCAGAAGAAAAAGUUGGAAAAUGAGAAAGAAGUAUGCCUAAAAGCCAAGUCAGAAGAAUCAUUGGCAUCAAAUGAGCCAAAGAAGAAUACAGUUAAUACAAAUAUCCUCCCUGAACAUGCAGAAUUACUUGAUUCAUCUGCCUUGGUAAAGCCACCAGAUCCAAAAACACAAAGUGUACAAAAUAACGUAUUAACUCUUAAUCUAGUUAAACAAGAUACUAGAAAACCAGAAUCUACUUUGGAAACGUCAAUUAACCAAGACAUAGGUAUAGGUGGUUUUCACACAUCUUUUGAGAAUCUAAAUUCUGCAACUAUUACUUUGACAACUUCAAAUUCAGAAGGUAUUCAGCAGUCUUUGGAAGCCCAAAAAGUGCUCGAAAUAACUACCAAUCAUCUUGCUAACCCAAACUUUACAAAUAAUUCUGUGGAAAUUAAGUCAGCACAGGAAAAUCCAUUCUUAUUAAGUGCAGUUACUCACACAGUUGAAGAAUUAAAUACAAAUAAAGAAUCUGUUAUUGCCAUUUUUGUACCUACAGAAAAUUCCAAACCUACAGUUAAUUCUUUUAUACCUGCCUCCAAAGAAACUGUGGAAAUGGAAGAAGACAUAGACACUGAAGACUCAUAUAAGGAUGUAGACUAUGAGACGGAAGUUUUACAAAUUGAGCAUUCUUACUGCAGACAAGAUGCAAAUAAGGAACAUCUAUGGCAGAAAGUCUCUAAACUACAUUCAAAGAUAACUCUUCUUGAGUUACAAGAACAACAAACUCUAGGAAGAUUGAAAUCUUUGGAAGCUCUUAUAAGGCAGCUAAAACAGGAAAACUGGCUAUCUGAAGAAAAUGUCAAGAUUAUAGAAAACCAUUUCACAACAUACGAAGUUACUAUGAUAUAGAUUAAAGAGGUUUUAAAGUUGUGACUUUUUUGCAAGCUUUCUAUUAGCCAAACCAAAUUAUAUGUAAAGUGAACUUUUUCCUGUGUAAAGUUCUUAAUGAAGCUAAGCAAGUGCUCUAAUGUUACGAAAUGCAUCCUGUUCUUGUAAUGCUCAUUUUUGAGAAAAACUAGAGUUGCUGGGUAGAAAAAGUUUCAUUACUUGUUAAGUUUCCAAAUUUAAAGUAAAAAUAUAGUGAACGAAUAAUAUGAUUAAGUCAUAAAAUGAGAGAACACAGAUAUGGUAAACAAGAACCCAGAGUAGAAGUCAGACUCAGGAAACUUUAGUCCUGAUUCUACCAUUGGCAUGUGACUUGGACAAGUUACCUAUCAAGACUGAGUCUCAGUCUCUUAUCUAUAAAAUGAGGGCACUUGACUAGAUCUCCAACAUAGUCUGUUUCUUUAUAGUUUCUUUACUUUCUAGUAAGGUACUUUUAAUAGAAGAAGUUUUCUAUAAGAUAAUCUUAUACUUAGAUAAAACUAGAUGCUGGCUAGAACUUGAUAUUAUUCUCAAUAUUGAAUUCUCAGUAUUGAAUUCUUCUCAAUAUUGAUUAAAUUUUGUGUUGCUUGGCCUUUGGGUUAUAGUUUUCUGUAUUAUAAAGGAAAAUACUCCUUUUAUAAUUUUAUUCCAGUUGAACUAAAAUGAGGAAUCAACCAUUAGCCCAAUUCUUAGGAGAGGUACUUUAAACUUGAAAGAAUAUGUACCUUGUUUGAGGCUGAACAUAAUAAUACAUAGUCAUUUAAGCUUCUUCACAUCCUAUAUUUAAGGCUAUAUUUAUAAACCGAAAGUUUCAAUGAGGUUAAUUUUUUAAAGAUAUUUUAGUAAUUAUAGUCUGUAUCUAUUUAAUACGUGUAACUUUAAGAGUGUGUGCUUAUGUCAUUUUAAAAUUCCAGAAUGAUAGAGUAAUAUUUAAUACUAUGCCUUCCUACUUACUUGUAUUUUAUUAAAAGUUGAGAACUCACAGAUACGUGGUAAUGACCUAAGGGGACAAGUAGGAACAAGAAAUAAUGGUGGUAGAAAUAAAAAGCAAUGUAAAAGCAGAGGCAUAGUCAUUACACAAUGUGAAAAAUAGAUGAUCCUUUAAAGUUGGUAUCAAUAUAAUUAAAUAUGUUAUUGCUUAUGAUGUUAAGCAAAUUCUUGUCAGUCUGUUUCUUCGUUUUUUCAUCCUGUUAUAUGAAAAAUACUGUUACCUGUCUUGAAGGACGGGUCUUUGAAUUCUGUAAGGUAAUAAAUGUGCUUUUGGUGCUGGAAAAUAGGAGGUGCUCAAUAAAUGUUAGUUGACUGUGCAGCAAAUAGUUACUAAUUGUUUUGAAAAUGGAUGGUGAUUAUUUGGGGCCACAUAUCACUUAGUUUUUUUAGGCUAAUAAAAAUUAAUUAGUGUUAUAUGAAUGUGUCAGCUAAUUAUAAAAAGUUGAUUAGAGAUGUCCUUAUUGGGUGACCAUGGAGGAGGGGAACCUAAAAUUUUUGCAUAAAUUAUAUGCAGAUAAUUGGUAAAGUAUUUGAUGUUAUUUUUAAGGGGCAUUUUGCUAAUACAUAUUUAAAAUAAAUGAUAUAAGUGAAAAUGACCUUUUUAAGUCAUUAUAAAA